CAGUUGUCGUUGAACGGCGGUUACAGUUAAUUAGAGUCGCAGCUAUCGAGCCAAGAUGCAUCCACAAGAAGAAGCACACCUAAUACUGUUGCGCCUGGUAAUCCUGAGCUGCUGUUGUGUACCGGCACUCUCCUAUCUGCCGGAUGUGAAUAUAUUCACAAACUACCGCACGGAGGUGUACAAUGGCAUUCCGUCGGACAUUGAUACGACACCGUUUAUACGGAUUGGCGACAACUACUAUUACAUUGAGCCGAUGAACAAGGUGAACUGGUUCCAGGCAGCGGCUGCCUGCCGCAUGAUGAACGCUCACUUGGCCUCCAUUGAGGAUAAGCCGGAACUGGAGGCGCUGGUCAAGUACAUAAAGGCCAAGGGCUUCAAGAAUAACGAUUACUUUUGGAUAUCCGGCAAUGAUCUGGGCACUGAGGGCGCCUUCUACUGGCUAUCAACUGGCCGCCCCAUGACCUUUGCACCCUGGAACGGACCCAAACAGAUGCCCGACAAUUACGGAGGCAACGAGAAUUGCGUCCACAUGUUCGGCACUCGGGAGCUGAUCAACGAUGCCAACUGUAAAAUAUUGAUGCUGUAUGUGUGCGAGGCCAGCGAUCCGAAGACCUUUAAGUUUACCUACAUCAAGUGGUAAACAGGACUAAAC